AUGGGAACAGCUGACGACGAUCGGCCCGUCGGAAUUGUUGCGAUUGUCUCGAAAUACUACCAGCGCAUGUGUGCCGCCGUCCCCGCAAUACAUCAAGCAUACGCAACAAAGCGUUUCGCAUACGUAUACAGCCACCGGCGAUCAUUUCACGUGUUUUUCCAUCUUUUGUGCCAUUCAUAAUGCGGUGAAAUGCAUGAAAACUUUUUGGGAAUAGCUGGCAAACAAUGAAGAGCUUGUACAGCAGUUCUGUGGACUGAUUGGUUUGAAAAAAGGACUUUGAAAACUGAGCUGAACAAAAAAAUUUUUUUGUUGUUUCGAUUUGAAAUUCUCUUUUGAAAAUUUAAAAACUGCUGAAAAAAAGUUUUGAGCUUUAGUUUCUUUUAGGCGUCUGGGAACAGAGAAGUCAUGUAGUUUUUAAAAUUGAGAUUUGUUUCAAAUUAAAAAUAUGAAUAUAUUUAGAGCAAAUUAAAAAAAUCAAAAUUUAAAUUUAAAACAUUUUAAUGAUCAUAAAGGACUCUUUUUUUACUCAUAAAAUUCAACAAGAUCUUUCAAAAUGAAUUUUUUCGAAUAUCCCUUGCGAAAAAAAAAAUGAACACAUUCGGAUUUUCAGAUUCAGUUAUUUACGCUAUUAUUUCGAAGAAAUUGCUUGGAUUUUCAGACGAUUUCCAAAACUUCGGAUUUAAGGGAACAUCAGAGCUGUUCAAACAUAUGAAGAAAAAAUGACACAAUCAGCCCAAAUUGUCAUUUUUUGGGUUUCUAUAUCUUCACAAAUUCAAAAAAUCUGUCGAUUCAUCUUAAAGUAAAUCAAAUCUUUUGAACUCAAGCAAACCCCGAUUUGAUCAAAGAGUUCCUCGCAAAAAAUUGGGCGAUUUAAGCGGCCCCCAGUGAACGUAAACACCAAAAAGCUUGUUUGCGUACGCGUGUGUACAAUUGCCGGUGGCAAUUCAACGCUCGCGCGCGCGCGUUUUGCCGUUUUUAUUUUAUUUUAGGGCCUGAAGAUAAGAAGAAAACGAGGCAAAAUCGCCUUUUUGCGCUUGUGUGUGGCGCGCGUUCGCCGUGAAACAAAAGCCAUUCUCAAUACACGAUGAUGUGACGUUAUCAGAAGACAUCACAACCAAUAGAUGCAAACAUGUCGCGAGGCCUGGAAUCGCUUUUGAUGAACGAUUUGUCGAGUUUUUCGAUUGCACGCCAAAAAGUAUGCACGCCCUGUGUUAUCAGUUAUCAGUUCCAUCAGGUAAUCUUAUUAGAGAGAAGUGCUAAAUGAGAUUAAAACUUCAGAAACUAAGAAGUUACUGAAACAGCAAAGAUUUCUAAAAAAUUUUAACUUUUUUGUUUUCCCCACGUAAUUCCUGACAGGGAAGGUAAUUUCACUUGGUUGGGACUUUCUUGAAAAUUGGCCAGAACAUUCCUUGACGUACCAGAAGAAGAUUCUGAAAGUCUUAGUUCUCGAGAAAUAAGGGUCUUAAGCCCUCAAAACAGAUCAUUUCCAAGGAUUUGAGCGAUUUUUGCAGCUUAUUUAGAGCUUGCAGAGUAUAUCCUCGAUAACUAUGAAGUUGUGCAGGUUGAGGCUAUCAUAAUUUUUUUCUGGUACACGAAGAAUAUUAUAGCCAAUUUUCAGGAAAAUCCAACCGCAAAGUAGAAUAACCUCUCUUGUGAGAAAAGAGGGGAAAUUAAAUCAAAUAUAAAGUCUUUGAUCAUUAAUUUUGAUUCACUGUUUUCGAAAAAAGCCAAUUCAGUUUUGAAAGCUGCAGAUUAUUUUUCCUGCUAAGCCUACAUUCCCCGAAUCUUGCAAAUUUUCAAUUCCUCAUGCUUCUCAUCUUCUUCCAAAAUUCGAAAACAUGUUUAUUUUUCCCCCUUUCUCACCUUCCCUUUUCUAAGAAACCCAAAAAUGUCAAAAAAACAUGCGACUCUGUCACAUGCACCUAGCUGAACCACAUGACAUCAAGCAGAGAAAAGGUGGUAUUUAUUGAGAAAUAACCCCGUUUCUUGACUAAUCAGCGACAUAGAUAACGGAAAUUAUAACUUACUUUAUACUCUACGUGAAGAACGGUGUUUGAAACAAGAAAGUGAGGUUGGGAGUGUGUUUCAUUGAUCUAUUGGUGGGUAAACGUUAGGAGUUUCAGGUUAAACGUUCAAAAAAAGUCAGGUCUUGAAAAAAAUUUUCCGAAUUCGGAAAACGGAAAAGAAUUCAGCUUCGACAAGUUAUUUUUUGAGAAAGCUCCUGAGCGUAAAAAGAAAACUAAGAAAAAGUCUUUAAAUCAGUUGAAAAACUGCUACCUCGACAUGAUUACUUAUUUGGAGCUUUUCGUGGCCCAGAAAAAGCUGAAAAGUUCUUUUUUUCAUCAUAGCUGCAUCCCCAGUGCGCGUUCAUUUUUCUUAGCAAGUGGACUCUUUUAAGAGGGCUUCGAGAAACAGGGAAGUGAACUCGACCAAAAAAUUCAGUUUUUUGAUCAGUUUGAGCUCAGGAGAAAACUUCAAGUUAGGCUUUAGACUUUGUAAAAAAUUUUGAAAAUGAAAUAACUGUUUCAGCGUGAAAUAAGGAGAAAGAUAGCGAAAUAAUUCACUUUAGGAACCUUGGAAUCUGGAAUGUACAAAAAUUAUGAAAUAAGUAUGUUAUAACAAAUUGACGAAAAAACUUGUUUUUUUAAAAUUUGCUCAAUUAUUAUUUAUUCUUCAACAGAAAAUUUUUUUCCUAAACUCCAAAUUUUUGGCUGAAAAACUCAAAAUGUUCAGAAUAUAAUAUAUCGUCUUGAGAUCUCCAAAAGUGCACUUUUAAGAGCUUUGGUUGUGUUUUCGAAAGCUGAGGAGUUGGUUUUGUUUUUUUGUUUUCGCGGCGCUCUCGAUGGUUCUAAUCCCCUGAGGGCGCGUUCAGUUUUUUUUGGCUAUAGUAGGUGGAAUGGCUUGGCGGCGAAAGCGUUUUGCCGCGUUCUGCCUGUUCUUUUUUUUUGUCGUGUGUCGGCGACGGACCGCCGCGAGAAAAAGGCCCUCCACGCUUGGCGGCGUGUCUCACCGAUUUCGCUGCAGGUCUGGCACGCUCCUUGAGGCGCGGCGGCCCUCGCCUUUAGCGCCCUACACUCAGCGGCUUCGUAUUUCGGAAAACGGCUUCGUCUGCCGCUCUCUCUUCUAGAAGCGAUCUCUUCGCUCUGCGUUCGCUCUUUUCUUGUGCAGUUGGUCGUCUAUCCACGCUGGCGUCCGCCGGGCCGUCCUUCCAGUCCCAUUUAAGCUACUUGCAAUCAUUAAUAUCGGUACGUCCAAUUAACUUUUUGGCUGGUUUUUUGUUGGCAAGUAAUUUGAAAUGAUUGAAAAAACUGUGAACACGAUAUGAUGAAAGUUGCAAUUGAUUGAAUCGUUCAAGACAGUAGAAAUCGUGACGCGCCAUGGCGUCUUGGCCUUGAAUUCAAAUUUCGUCCAGUUUCAGUUACAACUUUUCAAGUUUCGAAGUUAAAUAAAGGAAUUUAGAAAUUUUCUUUUUGAAUAUCUUAUUUCUUUGAAACAACAACAAAAUUUUUUUUUGAAGUUUUAUUUCACUUUGAAGAAAUUGUAGCAUUAGUCUAUUCUACUCUUUGUAACUCAGAUAUUUGCAAAAGAUUUGGCAGAUAUUUUUUUAUGAAAAUGUACCCAUUAAAACUCAAACUUCACAACAAAGUAAAAAAAUAAUUUAAAUUCAAAUUUUUAAAGCUUUUUCAUAUUGAAAAAAAUAAAUUAGUGCAAAAAAAUCAACUUUCUAUGAUUUUUUUAAUCAAGGUAUCUCUAUUAAACAUGUUAUUUUUGUAUUAGUUUGUCCUUUAAAAAAUAAACUUUUUCUUUUUCAAAACAUUCUUAAAUUAAUAAUUUGGCAGUGAACUAUACAACUUUUUCUGAUUCUUGGCUAUACUUUAUAUUUUUCCCACACAAAAAGUAAACUAAAAAGUUCCCAGAUUAGCUAGUCCAUUAUUUGUCAGUGGAAACAUAUGAUUUCGUUGCUUUUCCGUGAUUGCAGGUUAUUUUGAAUUCGAAAACGUUGCUAGUUUGGGCAAAACAUACGAUUAUGCAAACGAAUAUAGCCUGCAGCAAGUUCUUUUGACUCGAGGGGCCGAGAAUUCAUUGCGCCGUUUAUUUCCGGAAGAGCAGUUGUCAUAGAAGACAAUUUCCGACGCAAUGUGAGCCUGGACGUGAACAUGGAAGCUCAUAAAAACUGGAAAAAGCUGGUAAUUUGAAAAAAUCAUUCGAUUCGAAAUAGGUUAUCUUAUUUUUAAGGUUUAUACUCUGUUUCAAUAGUUCUCAAAAAAUACUCAGAGAAGAUGUCCGAUUUUUCCUCGUUCCCGAACAGGUCGAAAGUUCAACUUUCUAAAAUGUUUCGGACGUUUCAGAAUGUUAGGAUGCAUGAAAAAUCUUUGAAUCAAAAUUUAUGAUCAACGAUCGAAGUUGACCCAAUAAAUCUUCUUGCGCUUUCUAAAAUCAAAUUCAAACCAUUUGAAAUGAAAUCUGGACAGAGAACAUCAAAUAGAUCAAAACACAGCCGCUUUCUCUUCCAUUUGAAAUAAUGAAUGGAAAGGUCAGUUAUGUAAAUAAAUGUUUUUCUAUCAUUAUUUUUUGAAAAUAAUCAUAUUCAGGAUUGCGGCUCAACAGAGCUUUCAGUAAACUGAAGUAGUAAAAUAUUCUGAAUCUUCUGAAAAAAAGGAGGCUGAGAUUCCACAGAAUUCAGACCUUUUGUUUGGUCUUCAGAAAUCAGUGAACCAAGAAGCCAAAAUAACCUUUCAGUUUGGAAUUUUCGAAAAAAUUGUUUUUUUUAAUGUUUAAUAUUUUCAAAUGACUACUGCAGGAGAAAUAUUUCACAGCUUAUUUAUGAAUUUUUGUAAAUUUGUUUUUAAUUACGCUCGGUUUCCUUUCCGAUUCCUAACUCUUUCGGUUUGAUCUUUGAGAUGCAAACAUCAUAAUUUACUUUACUGGAAGGUUUCGCCAGCUGUUCCUUUGAUAAUCGUCAUGGCAACUUCGAGGAGCGCCUGGGAUUAUCAAAAAGUUGCGUGGAAAAAGAAAUAUAUAGUGGGGCGGAAAAUCCCCUGCGGCGUAAAAUCCGAGCUUUGGGGGGAGCUGUCGUAGUUCUUUUCGAGAUUGCAUCCUUUUUCGUUUCAGUGCAGGCGUCCUUGUGCCCUGAGGCGCGUUCGUAUAGAUCCUAGUUUAGAAAAGAGCAUCGGGACGGCUCUGGGGGCGUGUGGCGAGGCAACAUGCUGCUGGGCGAGAGUCUUUUUCGUUGCUUUUGCGGCGAAAAGGAGAAGAACGAGAACGAGAACGAGGAGAAAAGCAGUGGGAGGAGAGCGGCAUUCGGACGGAAGGCAUGCCAAGAAACAUCCGACGCCUUCUUUUUCUGCCGCCGACGGCUACUAUACUACGGAGCGAACCGAAUGCCAUUCAAAAACGAGCGAGGAAACGUUGUUGGCGCAUAUCCAAGUUGUCACGAGUGACCGCCUGAAUUAAUGCGGCUUCACGCGCCACGCUUUUCCGAAUGCCUUGCACACAGACACACACCUGUUCUCUUAUGCGUGACAAAACUUGCAACUUGCGACUAAAAGUAUAGUCUGUUCAAACGCCGCUUGAGCCUCCAGAGGCAGAAAAAAGAAGUUGAGGUUUCAAAACGUACCUGCAGACUCCAAGGAACACUUGUUCAGUCUUCAAAAGCUUCCAGUUUCAAAGGAAAAACCUAAAAGAACCGAAAAAUUCAAAGCUUGAAGGUAAUGAGACGAUCUUCCACUCUCAAAGGACCCAAGCUAAAGUAUUCAACCUUUUUUUAAGGCCAAAGGAUGCUUGCCAAAAAAACUUGAUCGUCAAGGAUUCCUAAAAAUUAAUAAAGCCUGCAAGAAAUUAUUUUAUUGAUCUUUAGAAUUUGAUGAAAACUCAAUUUUAUCAGUGAUUGCAGCUGAUAAGUUCAGGCUGACAUUUCACUACAAUCUGAGGAGAUAAUCAACAAAAAAAAAGAAAUUAGCAAUAAUCAAGAUGUCGAAUUUUCACCAAAAGUGUUCACAAUUUUUUCGGCCAUUAAAAAACCUUGCCGCAAAAGAACACCGAAAAAAGAAACGAAAUAAGCAUUUUGCCUUUUUCAGUGUUAUCAACAACAGCUCAACCUGAACACGAAUAAUGUAGAGCAGGGCUGGAGGUCGACGAAUACAGAGGAGAGCUCUGAGCUCCACUCUUGUCCAGGAUGUGUACAACUCAGGAAGUAA